CAGCGGGAGAUAUACACGACACCAAGCGGGCAGCCAUGAGAAACCUGACAGUACGAGGAUCAAGAAGUCCCAGGCGAUCGGCACCCAUGAUGUGAGCGCACGGCCCCCACAGAUGGCAUGCAUGGCCGCAAGCCUGCUUUGGCAUGUUUCCACGGGGGCUAUUCGACACAAAGGCAGCCUUUCGACAGAAAACGUCGAUUCCGCCCCGUCGGCUAGCCCGAUGCGGCAAAGCCACACGCGCCAACGCGGAUUUCGGCAUCCGGCCAAGCCGCCUGUGCCACAGAAGCCACAUGAAGCCGCCGGUCUGCAGGAACAAAUCUCGCCCAAAUCCUUGGGGCUUGCGCGUCCCGUCAUCGAGGCGUCGAAAAGGGGGGCUGUUGUCCGUCGUUUCGUGGGCGCUGUGGUGGAUUACUAUACAAAGCGCGUUGCGAUGGAACGCCAUACUUGAUAUUCAACACCGAGUACGAGUACUGAACGUGCGAUCGACCCGUACCGCAAUACGAUGCAAACGCCGGACGCCUGACUGCCCAUGGAGUAGCAUUCGUUCGAGACUUCUGGUGCCUGAGUCGUGUCCACUUUUUUCAUUUUGGGGGGUCCCCACCUGCAUCGGUCUGGCUUCUUCUGCAUCCUUCAUGGCUGCGACUUCACCUCACACAUUGGUGUAUUGUUUUAGAGGCCCCUGACUGUCUCGAAGAGUGUAAGUGCCGCUGCUUCCGUAUCCGUUGACUUGUAGACGCGCGGCAGGUAAACAAGGAGUCGUCUGCUUCUGGGAACAGCUCUCUCUCUCUCUCUCUGUCUGCCUUCUUCUUUCUAGGAAUGGGAGAUAGAACACUUCCGCUCCUUCUUUCAGGGCGCUGCAACGAAAUACGGCACAAUGGCAUUGCACUGUGUAGGAACAUGGCGGAGAGUCAAUAGCCACUUCCGCUUCGCCAUGAAUGGC